GAGAUUGUUUUUAAAAAACAAUAUAUAUAUAUAUAUAUAUAUAUAGAUAGAUAUAUACUCUCAUAACCAAAAGAAUCUCAUUCUCCCACAUAAUUACUUUCAAAAAAUCUUAACAUUUUUGUACCAAAAAAAAGACUCACAAUCUUUAAUAAUGGGAAAUAGUUUAGGAUCAAAAAAGAAGACAACAAAAAUCAUGAAAAUAAAUGGUGAAACAAUCAAGUUCAAGACUCCAGUUAGCGCUGGAGAAGUUACGAAAGACUAUCCGGGUCUGGUGUUACUAGACUCGGAGUCUGUUAAACAUCAUGGUAUCAGAGCCAGAGCUAUAGAGCCCCAAGAAGACCUAAAGCCAAAACGGCUUUAUUUCUUGGUUGAGCUCCCUAAACUAAGUCCCGAACCUGACAAAUCCACAAGAAGAGUCAGGUCCGGGAUAACCAUGAGUGCAAAGGACCGGCUUGAGAGCUUAAAGUUGGCUAGGAGAUCAGCUUCGGAUAUAUCAUAUAUGAAAGCGCCAUCUAGUAUGGACAAUGGUGAUGGUGUGGACCCUUUUAGGGUCAAGUUAAGGUUGCCAAAGUCGGAAGUAGAGAGGCUGAUGAAGGAAAGUAAGGAUGAAAAUGAAGCGGUGGAAAAGAUUAUGAAACUUUGCAUGGAAAAGAAUAGCGGCCGUGGCAGCUAUAGUGGUGAUCUAACGACGGAGAGACGACGGGUGCAAUGGAAAGAUGAUAAUGGAAAUAGAGAUGCUUACAAGGGCCGUGGGAAAAGGGUGGGAUUCCUACCAGUGAGCCAGGAACUAACAGCAGAAGACCCCACAUGGAUGUAAAAUAGUCUUUUAAACUUGUAUCACAGUAGCCAAGCAGAGUGAUUUUUGCCUCUCUUUUCUGCUGUACAUAUAUUAUUAUUAUUUAUAAUAUAUAUUGUAGAAUGAAGUACGAGUAGUUUUUUA